AUGGACAGCGUAUUCGAGGUCCAACGGCAGACACACGAGGAAAUCGAGGCCUUUGAACGGGCUCUGUAUACUCUUCUUUCUCGAAACACUCCAACCCAUGAGCUUCGAGUCCAAACUGAGCAUCGAGCUGCUCAAGUGCUCGACCGAAUAUCUUCGCGAGCAGUCACAUUGAACAGCAUCUACGAAGACCAAGACCGUCGACGCGCCGAACUGGAGGCAAUAUCAUCUCCCGCUCAACAAAACGAUCUCUCCGAGUUUUACGCGCGGUUGGUGAAAGUGCAAGAGCACCACGCCAAGUACCCUGAUUCCGUCCCAGGAGGGUUCGACUUCGAACUAUCCGUUCUUCUCGAGGACUACGAGCAGGAUGGGGCGGACGAUGACUAUGAGGAAGAAGACCCUAUUUCAUUGCUGUUCUCGGGGGAAGAGGCAUAUGGCAAAUAUGUUGACCUGUAUGCGAACCAUAUCGCAUUCACAAACCUCAAAAACAUCAACAAACGUCCUGGGUAUCUGCAGUAUCUCGAUCUACUUGGUCUUGCCUCACAAGGGUCUGUUCAUCGCGAGCUGUCGAAAGAUAUUCGUUUCUCGAAAGACUACGAGUCAUACAUAAAAAAUCUGCACGCGUAUCUGUUGUCCUUCGCUAAACGCACCAUGCCCUUGUCAGACAUUGACUCGCAGCAGCAGCAAGCGACGGAGGAAUUUGAUAAGCUAUGGGAGGCUAAAGAAAUCACUGGCUGGGAAGAAAACGCGCCAAAAACCAACGGAGAGGAAGGUAUAUGGUGUGCUGCUUGCCAAAAGAAUUACUCCAAAAAGACUGUUUACGAUGCGCAUUUGACCUCCAAAAAGCAUGUCAAGGCACAGACUAAAUUGGAGGAGUCCGGUGGUCAAACAGCAAACCCCAAUGGCAAUGGGUCUGUUCCUAAGCCUGCAGCUUCCCAUUCAUCAACCGCUGCUACUCGGCUACGCAAUGUCGCUUAUACCAACCAUCUUGCUACAUCUCUCCUUGUUCUGCUUGCUGCAACACUUGCGGACACAAAAUCCAAUGUCGAGCGGCGUUUCUCGCUCACUGCUCGUGAGCGUGAACAGGAACUUGAAGAUCAGGCUAAGAAGCCAGCGCCCCCACCGCCAUCAAAGGAAGAGGGAGGAGAUGAAGAGGAGGAGGAGCGCAUUUACAACCCGCUCAAACUUCCACUUGGUUGGGAUGGAAAACCAAUCCCAUAUUGGUUGUACAAACUGCAUGGUUUGGGCGUCGAAUAUCGUUGCGAAAUCUGCUCGGACCACGUCUACAUGGGCCGCAAAAACUUUGAACGGCAUUUCCAGGAAUCUCGACAUGCCUUUGGUAUGCGCGCUCUCGGUCUGCCGAACACCAAGCAUUUCCACGAGAUAACGCGUAUUGAAGACGCUCUUUCUCUGGCCGAGAAGCUCAAGCACGAGGGUCGUCUAGAGAUAAACGAACAGGAGACGAUGGAAGAAUUGGAGGACGACGAGGGCAACGUUUAUAACCGCAAAACAUACGAGGACCUCAAGAAACAAGGCCUCAUAUGA